CUCACACUUGAUAGCUGAUAAGAAGUUAAUGUGACAUUUCAUGUACUCCGUUCUGUUGAGUCUGCAUUUUUAAUUAAAAAUAUGUUUCGCCUGCAAAAUAGUAUAAAACACAUUCGACAGUAUACUCGUCAAUUUAACUCACUGGUCGAUGUUCGGCCUGAUAUUUUGGACUUGUUGAAAGCAAAUAAACCAAUUGUUGCUUUGGAAUCAACAAUCAUUAGUCAUGGAAUGCCUUAUCCGCAAAAUGUGCAAACGGCACAAGAAGUUGAAGAUAUCGUGCGCAAUCAGGGAUCGAUUCCAGCAACGAUUGCAAUUCUAAAUGGUAGAAUUAAAGUCGGUCUUUCUGAUGAGCACUUUGAAGUUUUGGGAAAAGGAUCUAAGAACGUUCCGACUGUGAAAACAUCCAGACGCGACUUGGCCUAUGUUUUGAGCAAAGGUUUGAACGGUGGAACAACGGUAUCGGCUACAAGUUUGAUUGCAAAUUCCGUUGGAAUCGAUAUUUUUGCCACUGGCGGAAUUGGUGGUGUGCAUCGCGAUUUUGAUAAAACUUUGGACAUAUCUGCCGAUCUAACCGAAUUGGGACGCUCUUCCAUGGCCAUUGUUUCAAGCGGAGUCAAAUCAAUUUUGGACAUACCAAAAACCUUAGAGUAUUUAGAAACGCAAGGAGUGUGCGUCACAACAUAUGGAACAGAUGAAAAAGAUUUUCCGGCAUUUUUUUCAAGAAAAAGUGGUUUCAAAGCACCAUAUAAUAUUAAUAGUCCAAUUGAAGCGGCCAAAUUGAUUAUAACAUCGAAAACUUUGAAUUUGAAUUCGAGCAUUUUAAUUGCUGUUCCUGUUCCUGAAGAAUAUGCAAUGAAUGGCAAGGAUAUAGAUGCUGCGAUCGAAGAUGCCUUACAAAAUGCCAAAUCGAGUAACAUCCAGGGCAAGGAAAUCACGCCAUAUUUAUUGAGUGUGAUUGGAAAAAUUACAAACAAUCAAAGUUUAAAUACAAAUAUUGCGUUAAUCAAAAACAAUGCCCGUGUUGCUGCUCAAAUAGCCGUUGAACUAUCUAAAAUCAAGCAGAAUAUUCAACCCAAUGAGGCACAUUACGCAUUACCAAACCACAUUAAAAAUGCUGUGGUACCUGUUGUUGUCGGCGGUUCGAUUCUAGAUAUGAAAUGUAUCAUUGAAGAUGACCAAGUCAAGCUCGAUGGCGCAACGUAUCGUACCAAAUUCUUGCCUAACUCGGGAGGUGGAGUGGGGAGAAAUAUGGCUGAAGGGCUAUGCAAAUUACACGGACAAGUUAAAUUUAUAUCAAAGAUUGGGAAUGAUAAGAAUGGUGAAAUAUUGAAAAGUUUACUCUCAGCUGAUUGUCAAGAAUGUCUGGAAAUUGAUGCGGAGCAAUCAACGGCCACAUGCAUCAUUGUUUUAGACAAAGCUGGUGAUUCAAAAAUUACGUUAGCGAACAUGGAUAUUCAUCAAUCCAUCGAUUCUUCCAUGAUACGAAAAUAUGAACAAGUGCUAAGGUCAGCUCCAAUUGUCAUCUUCGACGCCAAUAUUCCAAUCGACAGCAUGGGAACGAUCCUGGAGUUAUGUAAAAAAUACAACAAACCAGCAUUUUUUGAACCAACCGAUAUGCGUCUCGCAACAAAACCUUUCACAUUGCCAAAAGAGCUCAUUAAACAGAUAAAAUUCACUUCGCCAAAUAUUUACGAACUUGAUGCAAUUGCAGUACAUCUCGGUUGCGAGACUUUAUUACAAAAUGAUGACAUCAACAUUGAAGACCUAUUCCAAGAUAACAUUAUGCUCGAAAAAGUGAAGAAAUCUUCCGAACUUCUUGCAGAAUAUAUUGAUAACGUCAUAAUAACGCUGGGACCAUUAGGAGUAUUAUUAACACGAAAAAAUACGCCAGCUGAUUUUAAAUUUUUCGAUACAAAUCUUAGAUAUAAUGAAACGCAGUCAGCCAAAAGUGAUUUACAACAUAGAUUUUACUGGGCAAAGCAACUUUCGGGUAUUGUGAAUGUAUCAGGUGCGGGUGACAGUUUUUGUGUUGGAUUUAUCACAGCUAUGCUUAAGGCUUUAGAGGAAAGUGUUUGCUUUUCGGUUGGAAUGGAGUGUGCAAAGGCGGCCAUACAAUCACCCAAAGCUGUUCCCAAUAAAUACUUUGAUCGAAAUCAUGAAUGUUUCAAUCAGCCAAUUAAGUACAAAAUUGUUUAAUAGUAUUGGACAAAUUUUGAAUAAAACAGAAAAAAAACAAUUCAAAUAAACACCAAAUUCUUUCG